AUGGCAUUCUAUCUCUCCGCCGAGGGAUUUAUACAUGUUCUAAGACGUUUUAUAGGACGUCGAGGCAAACCAAGUGAUAUUUACUCCGAUAAUGCUACAAAUUUUGUGGGAACAGACCGCGAGUUGAAGAAAUUACAUGAAAUGUUCACUGAAGAACAGCGUAAAUUAACCCAAGAUUGUGCCACUCAAGGUGUACAAUGGCAUUUCAUACCCCCCAGAGCUCCUCAUUUUGGCGGGAUAUGGGAAGCUGCAGUCCGAUCAUUCAAAACUCAUUUUAGGAAGGUGGUCGGUGAAACGUUGCUAACGACAGACGAAAUGCUAACCCUUUCAAUCCAAAUUGAAGCUAUAUUAAACUCUCGUCCCAUCACCGUCCUUUCCAAUGAUCCUAAUGAUUUAACAUACUUAUCUCCUGGGCAUUUUCUCAUUGGAGACGUACUUACCGACGUUCCGGAACCGACUUUAUUGAACGUUCAAGAUAACAGACUUUCCCGCUGGCAAAGAGUUGAUCAAAUGCGCCAGCAUCUAUGGAAAAGGUGGUCUAAAGACUAUCUACAUCAAUUACAACAACGUACGAAGUGGAGAGUUGAGGAUAUUAAUGUGACUCCUGGAAGCAUGGUACUUAUUAAAGAGGAUAAUACGCCGCCAUUGCAUUGGCCUCUCGGCAGAAUACUAGAAGUUCAUCCCGGAGACGACGGCAUUGUCCGAGCAGCUACGAUCAAAACGACUAAAGGAAUCUUUAAAAGAACAGCAAACAAGCUGAGUUUGCUUCCUGUGGAGCAAUAA